AAAAAGCAAACGUCAAAAUCAUCCGGUGUGCGCAUCAGCAGCAGCGAGUUGUUGUUGUUUACAAACGUAAAAACUGAGAUAUUAAAACCGCGUAUUAAUAUGGAUUCCGCGCCACGAGAGCUUUCUUUGGCUGAAAUUCGCAGUUUUAUGCUGCGAAAUAAUUGCAAAGUGACGAACCACGCAUUAGUGAAGCAUUUUCGUGCCUUUUUGACCAACAAGGAAACGCAAGAUGAAGCCCGGAAACUUUUCAAAAGUUACGUCAACACUUUGGCUUCGAUUAAGAACGAAGGAUCGGAAAAGUUUCUCAUUUUGCGUAAAAAGUACGUUGACGAGUGUCCCGAUGAAGAAGCAGUAAAUCAAAACUUUCCAAUGAGCCCGGGCUCACGGUCCUUAACAGCAGUUCCUUCGGAUAGUGAAAACUCGCCUUUCAAACUUCCCCCUCCGUAUCGACCACCACCGGAAGUUCUCGAUCAAACGAAUCCGUAUAAUUUUCAAGGUAGCCCUCGGGGUAGUAUUGCCCUGUCGCGAAAGAAUAGUUCCGAUACCGGUCGGAGUGGUUCCGAAUUCAGUUUCGGUAGUGAAUUCACCGGGAGUGACAGGAAGAUUGGUUCGUCCUUGGUUAAAAGUGAAGUGUCCAGGAAGCAAAGUGUAGAGUUGUACAGUUUAGAUAGCCCGGAAGAACCGGCUCCGGCAAUUCCGCCCCGGAAACGCACCAGUAUUGACCAAACCGGUGCCGGUUUGCGACAGUUUUCGGUCGAGGAAAAGGUUUCCGAACACGCGAAAAACCUUCCCAUGUCCGCGAGUGAAUGUGUUGAUCGUGAUUCGAACAAAGAAAAUCAUCAUCAACAGCAGUCGUCAUCUUCUGCGGUAGAUUGCAAUGAUGCUGAAACUGCAACCACCGCAAGUAACGACCAACAGCAGGAGGAAAACAAACUAAGUGUCAAAGAAAAGAUGAUGAAGUUUAACCGCUUUGCCUCUGAGGAAGAAGCAAAAGUGCCCUCCCCACUUGGGAAGAAAAAGCCUGACAAGAGUCUUGAUGAUACGCUGUGCGCAGAAAAUUUGCUCCAGCACCCAAAAGCAAAGGAAUGGUUGAUAGCUGCAGCCAAUGCGAACUAUCAGGAGCUAGCGAAACUCUCAACCGACCACCCCAAUCUGGUCAAGCUGCAGGAUAUGAGUACGCCUGCUAGUUACAAAACUUUAGAUCAGGUCAAGGAAGAGUAUAAAGGAAUUUGA